GCCGCCGCCGCAUCCUCUCUGGGUCGGGCGCGUUUUGCCUGGCUGUGCCGCCUCCUUCCCUUGCUUCUGAAGUUUCACUCGCAGGAGCAACAGCCCGGAGUGGACCUUCCUCCUCCUCCUUCUCCGCCCGGGAGCCACUCAUGGAGGGCCAGAGGCAGCGUCGGGGUCUGGGAGCGUGACGAGGAAGAGGCGGAGGAAGACGAAGGAGAAGGAGGAGAAGGAGCGAGGGAGGCGGCUGGUGGGCUCUCUCUGUCCGGCCACCAUGGCCUCCCGCUCCCGGCGCCCCUGGCUGAGCGUGGCCUUGGGGCUGGUGCUGGGCUUCAGCGUGGCCUCCUGGCUCAUCGCCCCCAAAGUGGCCGAGCUGAGCGAGAGGAAGAGGCGAGCCGGAGGGGGAGGAGGAGGAGGCGGCGGCGGCAGGGAAGGAGCAGCAGGAGGCGAUGGAGGCAGCAGCCGGAGCGGGCUCCGCGGAGCCUCUCCCCUGAGCGGAGGCAGCAACAGCCUGUGCGCCUUCUACGGGCGCGUGGCGGCGGGGCUUCCCGGGGAGCAGAGGCAGCUGCCCACCGAGGAGGAGGAGGAAGAGGAGGAAGAGGAGGAGGAGGCGGCUGCGAGGAGGAGAGGGAAGCCUUUCUGGGGGAAAGACUGGCAGCCGCAGCAGCCGCCUCCUCCUCCGCCUCCGCUUGCCGAGGAAGGGCUGCCCGGUCUCGCCCCGACUCCCACCUUCGAGGAGCAGCAGCAGGAGGAAGGCGCCACGGGCCCCGGCGCCACCACCGCCGUCCUCCACAACGGGAGCGGGGACUACGGGGCCAAGUGCUGCCCAGAGGCUCCCGGGCGGCGCUUCCUCUAUGUCGGGGUGAUGACGGCCCAGAAGUACCUGAGCGGGAGGGCGGUGGCGGCGCAGCGGACCUGGGCGCGCUCCAUCCCCGGCCGCGUGGAGUUCUUCUCCAGCCAGGGCUCGGUGGCCCCGCCGCCGGCCUCCGGAGAGCGGCCCCUGCCUCUGGUGGCCCUGCCCGGCGUGGACGACGCCUACCCCCCGCAGAAGAAGUCCUUCCUCAUGCUCAAGUACAUGCACGACCACUACCUCCACGCCUUCCAGUGGUUCAUGCGCGCCGACGACGACGUCUACAUCAAAGGAGAAAAAUUAGAGGAAUUCCUUCGGUCACUCAACAGCAGUAAACCUCUCUAUUUGGGGCAAACAGGACUAGGAAAUAUUGAAGAACUUGGAAAACUUGGGCUUGAGCCUGGAGAAAACUUCUGCAUGGGUGGUCCAGGGAUGAUCUUCAGUCGUGAAGUUCUUAGGAGGAUGGUGCCACACAUAGGUGAAUGUCUUCAAGAAAUGUACACAACUCAUGAGGAUGUCGAAGUGGGCAGAUGUGUUCGGCGGUUUGGUGGAACUCAGUGUGUGUGGUCCUAUGAGAUGCAACAGUUGUUCCAUGAAAACUAUGAACACAACAGAAAGGGUUACAUACAAGAUCUUCACAACAGCAAAAUUCACAAUGCAAUCACGCUGCAUCCAAAUAAAAGGCCAGCCUAUCAAUAUAGGCUUCACAAUUACAUAUUGACACGAAAAAUUUCAGAAUUGCGUUACCGCACCAUCCAGCUUCAUAGGGAAAGUGCCCUCAUGAGCAAACUCAGUAGUGAUGAAAUGAGUAAAGAUGACCAGCUUUUGGGAAUGAUGCCAUCUUUCAAUCGCUUUCAGCCACGUGACAGGAAUGAAGUCAUUGAAUGGGACUUCCUAACUGAAAAGCUUCUUUAUUCUGUGGCUGAGAAUCAACCACCUAGACAAAGCAUUAAUAGCAUCAUGCGAGCAGCACUCGAUGACACUGUAAUGCAGGUAAUGGAAAUGAUCAAUGAGAACUCUAAAUCUAGAGGAAGGCUUAUUGACUUCAAUGAAAUACAGUAUGGGUACUCUAGGGUUGACCCUCUGCAUGGUGUGGAAUACAUCCUGGAUUUGCUUCUUUUAUAUAAAAGGCACAAAGGAAGAAAGGUUACAGUUCCAGUUCGACGGCAUGCCUACCUUCAGCAGUUAUUUAGUAAACCAUUUUUAAGAGAGGAAGAAGAACUGGAUGUAAGAAGCCUUGAAGAAAAUGUGAAUAGUGAUGUGCAGUCUUUCUCCUUUCUUUCUAAUUCCCUGAAGAUGUUUUCAUCAUUGCAAGGCACCAAAGAUAUAGGGGGAAGCAGUGACAAGAAGAUUCACAUUCUUGUCCCUCUCACAGGGAGAUACGAUAUUUUCCUAAGAUUUAUGGAGAACUUUGAAAAGACUUGCCUUAUCUCUAGGCAGAAUGUGAAGCUGGCAAUUAUCCUAUUUAACUCUGACUCUGGUCAGGAUUCCAAUAAACACAGAGAGUUGAUCAAUGAAUAUCACAAUAAGUACCCUAUGGCAGACAUGACCAUCAUUCCUAUGACAGGAGCUUUUUCUAGAGGUUUGGGUCUUGAAACUGCUUCCUCACAGUUUGACAAUGACACUUUGCUUCUAUUCUGUGAUGUUGACCUAAUAUUUACCACAGAUUUUCUUCAGAGGUGUAGAGCCAACACCAUUCAAGGGCAACAAGUUUAUUAUCCUAUUAUUUUUAGUCAGUAUGACCCCAAAGUAACAUAUGGCGGCAACCCUCCAGCUGACAGUAACUUUGUUUUCACAAAGAAAACUGGAUUUUGGAGAGACUAUGGGUUUGGGAUCACUUGUAUUUACAAAAGUGACCUUGUGAGUGCUGGCGGAUUUGAUACCUCAAUACAAGGCUGGGGACUUGAGGAUGUAGACCUGUUUACUAAAGUAAUAAGCUCUGGACUGAAGGCAUUUAGAAGUCAAGAAGUGGGUGUUGUGCAUGUUUUCCAUCCAGUUCAUUGUGAUCCCAACCUAGAUCCUAAACAAUACAAGAUGUGUUUGGGAUCCAAAGCAAGUACAUUUGCCUCUGCCACACAGCUAGCUGAAAUUUGGCUAGAAAAAUAUUUAGGCGUCAGGUACAACCGAACUGUCUCCUGACAUUGUAACUUACUCUGCCUUCCUAAGGGAGGUUACCUCAUUACUACUUUUUUGUUGCAUUCUUAAAACUCCUCGUUGUCUUCCAAAGGAUGUGUCACUGACCUCAAAUGAACAGAGGCUGCUGUCAGAAAUAUUACAGAUUCCUACUGAAUUGAUAGGUGUGGUGUCUUUCUAUGGUCUUUGAUCUAUAUAAACUGAGUGAAACCGUGGCAAUCAAACAAUCCCACAGAGCACAUCCAUCUUGAGGACAGCAUCAGAAGAAUGUUCUCUCCGGGCUUCAGGAUGCAAUAUUAAUCUUGAUUGUGUUUGUCAAACUGAAUGUGAUACAAAUAUUUCCUGGUGAAGGUACCACAAAAGUGCUUUAUGCUUCCUCUGGGAAAGAGACUCUGGCAAACUUGAGUUUUAUAAUUUAUAUGAGGACUAAAACAAAACAGUAUUAUUCUUCACCUUUACAGUUUUUACAGAUAACUGACUAUAUCUCUAUUUUUUAGGGGGGAAAAGAGGAAAACACACAAACUGAGGAUUUUCUUCUGAAGUGCAAUGGUACUGGCUACCACAGACCUUAAAUGUUGUAUUAAAAUGACCUCCUUAUUAACUGUUUGCUCUAAAUGCAAUUGGACUAUGUUUUCUUAAGGAAACACAACUUAGUCAAAUAUUUGCAUAUGUGGAAUAGGUUUUUGAACCAAUGUCCUUAAUUUACUAGCAAGAAGAAAUCAUAACACAUAGUGUUUAUUUAUAAUAAAAGUACAGACAUACCAUAAUCUCUUUUUCCCAGGAGACAACAAUAUGUUGCUUUGUCUCUGUUUAGAAUGAGCCUCUAAUAUAUAAAUAAUUUUCUAUUUUGUUCCUUUCAUAAGACUGCACUUGAUACAAAGGGAAAUAAAAGGGUACUUAAUAUUGUCUUUUUAUAAUUGUGCAUUGACAUUGAGCAUCUGAAUCAGUCAUUGUUAAGAGAAAAUGUAAUUAUUUAACUAUGAAGUUACUAUUGCUGGUCAAAGUUCCUGCCAAUAUAUUUAUAUUAGUGAAGAUUUAUAGGAAAUGGAUGGUAUCAAGACUUUUCUCUCUGAAGCAUCCCAAAAUAUCCUAAAGUGUAUUGAUAGAUUACUGAAAGGGCAAUUACAUUAGAAAUCGCAAUGUCAAGUUUGGGGAAGGGUUGCAUAUGUUAUCCUUUGGUAAAAGUGAAGGUAUGGUCAUUUCAAACUGUAAGUAUGGUACAAUACGCAUAGUGACUUCUUGGUCACAUUCUUUUAGAUUGAUGUUUUGCAAAGAAUUAAAAAGGCAUAUCCCAAUAUAUUACAAUACUGAGAUGAUAUAAUGCAAUCAGAAUUUCCCUAUGAAAUGGAAAUAACAUGCAAAUAGCAUUCAUGAGUUUUUUUUCUCAAGGAAAGAAAAUGUGUCACACGGUACUUUAUUUCUUCACAAAAAUCCUGUACAGUCAUUAUCUAAGCAUGCUCUGUCAACCCGCAAAGCGGGAAUUGCUCCCAUUCCACCCCCAUUCUGUCACUCUCCUCAUGUGGAGAACAGUGAGUUUGAAUAAGAGAGCUUUUUCCACAAUCAGGAACCCCCCCCCCCAAACAAAAAUCAGAAUCCCCAUCACAGAGAGAGUAUCCACACUCCGGGGAGAUUUUCCUAUUUAGACUCGUCAUUCUCCACUGAGGAGAGCAACAGACCUAGAGCUAACUUGCCCCUUAUUCAUGUGUUGAUAGAACUUAUUUAGACAGUGAUUCUUGGGGCUUGUGAUCAUCUCUGAACCUGUUCCCAUAAGUAUUCAAAUUUCAGCCUUCAACUAAGAUAUGGGUGGGUGUAAGGAAUCCCAUUACAUCAAAAUCUCAUAAAGGCUUUCUCAGAAGAAAAAUCACAUAGUUCAGUGGGGCUUACUUCCAAUAAAUGGAUAUCAGUCUUAGAUAUCAGAACAUUUGUUCUUCUCAGAACGCUUUUAGAAAUGGCAGGUUUGUCAUGGCCUGAACCUGCUGUUAAGCAGAGUGAGUCAGCUGCAAGCAAUAGAUGCUGCCUGUGGGUUUAGGGCAGCAAUGAGGUGUUGAACUUAGCUGGUCAGGUGCCAUGGCCCUCACUGCCAUGGCAUUCACUGGCUUCUUAGGUAAUCUAGUCUGCUGCUUUCAAGUGUCUUGUAAGCAACAUUGAAAUAAGAUUCAACUGCCAGUCUUAUCAUCUUCUGUAUCUUGAAGAGGGGCGGGUAUUGCCACUUUGUCUUUGCCUAAGGCAGUGAAAUUUCUUGGACCACAACUGUUGGAAAUCAUUCAUGAGAAUGUAGUUUAUGGCACGUUACAGACGGGCCCACCCAUGAGGCGCUGUCGUUACGUGUGAGGGGCGGCUCUUCCUGACGCGCCUUGCCCCUCGCGCGUAAUUAGUGUCAAAAUGGCGGUGCCCUAUACAGAUGGGUGCCGCCACUUUGAUGUCGCAGACGUGUAGUGUCCGGACAUCGCGUGGCGGAAGCGAUGCCAUGAGUGCACACCUCGCACUUGCAGCGCCACUUCUGGGGUGCAGAAAGAAGCGCCAUUUUGGCGCUUCUUUUUUGCUGCGCCUGGGAACUGUGCAGUUUGACUGCUGCGGUUCCCGCAACCGGCAGCGGCGCAAGGCCGCCCGUUUGGGGCGGUCUGUAACGCGCCUAUGUUAAGCUAGUAUAGCUUGCAACUAGAGAGCCAUCCUUUUGUAUUUCAAUCAUUCUUCCUUCUCCUUCCUCUUCACAUACUAUUGGAGGUCUGUGAGCCUGCUCUUCAGUAUUUUUUGCUGCCAUGUUGAGUUGUUUGUCCUACCCUUCAUCUCUUAGAAAUGUUUCCACUUUGUGUAUCAUACCUCCACUUGUGCACAAUCACACUAUUGCCAUGUGUGCAUGAACAGAUUCCAUUAUAAAUGUAAUCAAUCUUGGUUCAAAACCAGGUAUAGCAAACAUAACAGGCCCUCUCCUUUUCAAUCUUGUGUUCAAGUAUUGCAAGAUAGCUGUAUCAGUUGCACUCAUGCCACCUGCUUCUCUGUGUGUCUUAGUGAAAGCAGAUGGAUGCUGUAGUGAGUGAACUGUCAUCAGUAGUUUGUGCACUUGGCCAGCUCUUAGCCUAAGGUGUAAAACCUUCUCCGAUAAUUUUCCAAACCCUUACAUACAUAAUGAUGAAAAAAAGAAACCACAUGUGAGCCAGGCCAGCAAAGUAGAUUAAUCUACUCUUGAAAGCAAUCAAAUUUAACCAACAUUUUUUUCAUAUUAAUUUGAAAUAAAUAGUUCCCAUCAUUCUGGAAUUUGGAGACGAUUCCAAAAGUCAGAAGAACUGACUAGUCUAAUUUAUCCCUCUGGGUUCUUUUGUUCCCCAGUUAUUGAUAAAAUGAAAGCAGCAUAAUACAACUGCUUGUGGAAACCAAAAUCUUUCCUGUCCAGAAUACAUCUGCUCUUGUUGUGUUGUCAUGCUUGACUUUAUCCAGCCAAAUACAGGUGAUAUUUGAAACUCCAGAUAUUCUUUGCAACUUAAAGAUACAUUUUAAAAAUGUCAUUUUAUUGUGUACAGUAUGGGAAGAACAUAAGCUCACAGUGGCUAUUGCUGCAUAAAACUGUUAAAUAUUUGUACUCAGCAUGGAACUAAAUUAAAACUUGCUGAGGCUGAAUGACAUCAAAGAAGAUGAAAUUAAAUUUGCUGACUGCAGAGGAAGUUCUGUGUAUAGAGGACUUGCCGGAUCGGGUCCUGUAUGAGAAAAAUAAAAUGUUAGUUCUUAGUAUUUAGAGAUAUUUAUUUAGUGUAUGACCAAUUCAUUUGUUUAUAUGAUGGAUUACUUUGUUACAAACUGGAUUAUAAAUGUUUGUUAUAAAAUAUAACAUUGUCUUUGGAAUAACUGUUCUUGGAUAAACUCUGCUAUCUGAUUUAUGCUAGGAAAACACUCUUAAUGGUAACAUUGUCAUACUGAAUGAAAUCUACUGGGAAUUUCUGUCAAAUCUCAGUCCUACUGAAUGAACAUGAGAUGCACCAAAAUAUUCACAACUUUUGGUUAAAGAUGGACUCCUGAUGAAUUAUGCUAAGGGUUAAAAAAUUCUAUAAACAGUACAUUAUUUUUACAUGAUUAUUUUCCCAUUUCAUUUUGUCUUUUGUUCAGGCAUCAUUGCUGAAUUUACUAAUGUGAAAUUCUAAUCAGUGACAUACUCCACAGAUUAAUAGCAAAUACUUUGUGGAGAUGGACUGAAGUGAUAUAUGAUUGCUCAUGAGGACUGAAAAUCAUUAACACAUACAAAUACGUAACACAGAGUUAUGCAAACAUGAAUGGUUCAUGCUAAUGAUCUUUACAUAUCACUAGUUGAGCGAAUACUUAGGAACCAAGAAAGUCCCAAAUCCUCACUCACCAGCAAACAACAACCACUACAAGCAACAGGGGUCUGUCCUCUGUUAACAUUUCCACUUUCCUCCUGUGAGCAAUCUCCAGUGUGAAGGGGAAUUGUGACAGACACUCUGACUGCCACAUUGGCUAUCGUUCAUGGAAAAGGUUGGGGAUGUCAGUCAGCUGCUUCCUGAUUGAGAAAAGAACAGUCCAUGAUUAUUUGCUGCCUGGGAGGAUUUGAGGGGGGGGGCAGGUUGGGAGAUGCUGUAUAGCUACAUAACUAAGGUGCUUAUAUAGCUAAGUAGGUGGUAUGGAAUCAUGGCGAAGAUCUUUUUUUGUCCCCCUUCUCCAAUGGCAAAUAUUUUUCAUUACAGUUAACCAGUCUAAUCAGGAUAGCAUGACUUAAGGUAGGAACAGGAAACUCCCUGAUGCAUAGAGGCUGCAUAUGGUGCACUUCAGAGGGCCUUGUUUCAUGCCUUCCUAUCCUCUCCCAACAUGAUUUAAACUGAAACUGGCCUCUUGCACCCACUAGAUUAGUGGUCCCCAACCUUUGGUUUUCCAGAUGCUUUGGACUUUGGUUCCCAUAAUUCCUGAAUAUUGGCCAAGUUAGCUGAGAGAUGAAGUCCAAAAGAAAUGGAGGACCAAAUAUUGGAAACCACUGCUUUAGAUGACAUGUAGGAUAUUCCUAUGUUUGGAGGACACUGAAAUAUUUUAGGCACUGGGGAAUCUUUUUGUAAAUGAAAGUGACCCAAAAUCAUUGUAGCAUCCGGUUGUUGUUGUUGUUGGUCUCCCCAGCUUAAAUGACGCAAAGGAAGGGAACCUAGGGAAAUUGCCUCCACACCCUCUGGAAUGCACGAGGGGCCUU